AUGGGGCGGCUGGGCAGCAUGUUCGGUUACCAGGAGUACGGUGCGGAGCCGGACGUGAUGACCCUGGCCAAGGGUCUCGGCUACGGCGUGCCCAUCGGCGCCUUCCUGUCCAAGGCCCACUGCCAAGCCCUGGUCCCCGGCGACCACGGGUCCACAUUCGGCGGCAACGCCCUGACCACCGCCGCGGGCUACGCGGGCACCAAAUUCCUGAUCGAGAACGACAUCCCAGGCCAGGUGAAGGACAUGGAGCCCUACCUGCUGGGCCGCCUGAACGAGGUCAAGGACCGCUUCUCCUUCGUCUCCGAGGUGCGUGGCAAGGGCCUUUUGGCGGCCAUGGACUUCGAGGACAACAUCUCACCCCAGGUGCUGACAAACUCAAACGAGGCCGGCCUGCUGCUGAACGGACCGCGUCCCAACACCAUCCGCUUCAUGCCCCCGCUCACCGUGGCGCGGGAGGAAAUCGACGAGGCUGCCGAGCGCCUGAGCACCGCCCUGUCCAAUAUCUAG